UGUCCGACGUACGCAAGACAGAGAAGCGCAUUGAGAGCGGAACUCGGUUCCAAAGCACAUCAACUGAAACACCUGCUAAACGACGCCAAAUGUACAAAGCCCCUCUUCAAAUUCAUUGCUAGCACUCGCCGUUUCGCCAGCACAUUCGGGGACGUC